AUGAAGUUCACAUCUGCAGCUGUUGCUGCCCUCGGUCUGGUAAGCAGCGUUUCUGCUGCUGCCUUCAAGAAGCGCGCUGCCACCGAUCCUAUUGUCGUCAAGGGAUCAAAGUUCUUCCACAAGAACUCCGGUGAACAAUUUUUCAUGAAUGGUGUCGCCUACCAAACAGAUCUGAGUCUUGUCGAUGCCUCUGACCUGCCAACCGGUCAACAGUUCGUUGAUCCUCUCACUGACAUCGAGUCCUGCAAGCGUGACGUUCCUCUUCUCGAGGCUCUUCACACCAACGUGAUCCGUGUCUAUGCCAUCGACACCACCAAGUCUCAGGAUGCAUGCAUGAAGUUGCUCAGCGACGCUGGCAUCUACGUUAUUGCCGAUUUGUCAGAGCCCGGUUUGUCUGUCAACCGUGAUGCCCCUGCAUGGGAUCACCACCUGUACGAGCGUUACACCGCUGUCAUCGACAAGCUCCAAAAGUACGACAACGUUAUGGGAUUCUUUGCCGGUAACGAAGUCACAAACAACAAGAGCAACACCGAUGCCUCUCCCUUCGUCAAGGCUUCCGUCAGAGAUAUGAAGGCUUACAUCAAGGAAAAGAAGUACCGUGAAAUCCCAGUCGGUUAUGCUACCAACGAUGAUGAGUUCGUCCGUGAUCAGCUUGCCGACUACUUCAACUGCGGACCUGCUGAGGAGUCUGUCGACUUCUGGGGCUACAACAUCUACUCCUGGUGCGGUCAAUCCUCCCUCAAGACCUCCGGAUGGGACAAGAGAACCGAGGAAUACGCAGACUACAACGUUCCCGUCUUCUUCGCCGAAUACGGUUGCAACGAGCCUUCCCCACGUAAAUUCACUGAAGUCCAAGCCCUUUACGGUGACGAAAUGACCCCAGUCUUCUCCGGUGGUAUCGUCUACAUGUACUUCCAGGAAGCCAACAACUACGGUCUCGUCAAAGUUGACAAGUCCGGAAAGGCCACCAAGCUCUCCGACUUCAACUCCCUUGAAAGCCAGCUCGAGAGUGUCAAGCCAAAAGGUGUCAAGAUGAGCUCCUACACUCCUUCCAACACCAAGGCCCGUUCUUGCCCAGCCCAAAGUGAAAACUGGAAGGCCUCUGCCGAACUCCCACCAAAGCCAGACCAGCCCACCUGCGAGUGCCUCCGUUCCCAAUUGACCUGCAUCCCAGCUGCCAACUUGGCCGAGAAGAAGUACGGAGACAUCUUCGGCUACAUCUGCGGACAGCUCGGUGAGGGCGGUUGCGACGGUAUCGCUACCGACGGUGCCAACGGUGUCUACGGAUCUUACUCCAUGUGCGAUGCCGAAAUCCGUCUCGGAUGGGCUCUUACCCAAUACUACGAAUCUCAGAACAGCGCUGCUUCUGCCUGCGACUUUGACCGUCAAGCCAGAGUUGCCACCCCAACAUCGCUCAACUCCACUUGCUCUAAGAUGGUUGAUGCCGCCGGUGGUACUGCCGGUAAGGCUCUCGGAUCCACUGGCACCAAGACCGGAGAAAACAGCAGCUCCAGCGACAAGCCAAACGCUGGUUCCUGCCUCACUCCCCCAGCCGGUCUUAGCACCUUGGUUGUUCUCGUUGCCUCCUUCCUCGGUAUGGGAAUGAUCAUGUUGUAA